CUGUUGACGGUCCAUGGAUACCCUGUCAUCGGCGUUAUGCCCGCAGAUUCGGUCUCGUCUCCAUCCAGAGAUUGAGUGAGUAGGAUAUUUGAUCGUGUCACGACGCACAGGCCCGGGCUUCUUCACCCUCCUCACCCCCUAUCGCGCCACAUGAUGUUUCUUCGUCUUCCCACAUUAUAUUUUCAUGGGCAUGAUGCUGUGUGCUUCACAGAUUGAGCUUUCUCCCCUCACUCAUCUGCAGGUACGACUGUGUGGAGUUUGGAUAUAAGUGCGAGAAGGACAAGACAAGACAUGGAAUAAAGGGAGACAACUGAAACUACUUGAAUCAGAUCCAUAAAAGAAACCUGACAUUAACAAAAAAAACAGCGAGGCUGGAAGAGUGCUGUAGAGUGAGGAAGAGAGAAGUAGAAGAGGUCAUGAAGAUGGGGUGUGCUCAGACGAUGUUUAGUGUUUAGACUCUACAGUUCACUCCGUCAGCCGCCGGUCAAAGCAGGAUUCUCCUCGCUAAAACCCAGAGCAGCUCAUUUCGCCUGCUGGUGGAGCCCCCACCCUCGGUGAUGUGAUGAAUAAGUUUGAAGUCCUUGGCAUUGUGGGAGAAGGAGCGUAUGGAGUGGUGCUCAAGUGCAGGCAUAAGGAAACCAAUGAGCUGGUGGCCAUCAAGAAGUUCAAAGACAGCGAAGAAAAUGAGGAGGUCAAGGAGACGACGCUUCGGGAGCUGAAGAUGCUUCGGACACUGAAGCAGGAUAACAUCGUGGAGCUGAAGGAGGCUUUUCGCAGGAGGGGGAAACUCUACCUUGUCUUUGAAUAUGUGGAGAGGAACAUGCUGGAGCUAUUAGAGGAACUGCCAAACGGUGCACCGCCUGAUAAAGUCCGCAGCUACAUCUACCAGCUCAUCAAAGCCAUCAACUGGUGUCACACAAAUGAGAUAGUACACAGAGAUAUCAAGCCGGAGAACCUCCUCAUCAGCUCGGAGGAUGUUCUCAAACUCUGUGACUUUGGUUUUGCUCGUAACCUGUCUGAAGGAACAGAUGCCAAUUACACUGAGUAUGUGGCGACAAGGUGGUACCGCUCGCCUGAGCUGCUGCUGGGGGCUCCCUAUGGAAAGGCAGUGGACAUGUGGUCGGUGGGGUGCAUCCUCGGGGAGCUGAGUGACGGACAGCCACUGUUUCCAGGGGAAAGUGAGAUCGAUCAGCUCUUCACCAUUCAGAAGGUUUUGGGGUCACUUCCUGCAGAACAGAUGAAACUCUUCUACAACAACCCUCGCUUUCAUGGAAUCAGAUUUCCCUCAGUUACUCAUCCUCAGACUUUGGAGAGACGGUACCAAGGCAUCUUGAGUGGUUUGAUGUUGGAUCUGAUGAAGAACCUGUUGCUGCUAAACCCGACUGAGCGUUAUCUGACGGAGCAGAGUUUAAACCAUCCAGCCUUCCAGCCUCUGAGGCAGGCAGAGAGAGAGAGGACUCUUCCUGCGUCUCCCAACCCACCGCGCUCCUCCAAGAGGAAAACACACCAUCAUGGAGAGAACACAGUUCCCACAAGGAGUCACACUAAGAGCACGAGCCGCCGCUCCAAAGAAUGUUCCAGCCUCCCUCGCCAUGGCGACCUCCAUCACCUCGGCAACAAGAGUUUCCUCAAUGGUAACAAACCAGCCCCGUCCAGUUUAAGUCCUACGCUGCACCCCAAGGCCCAGUACAUGUCCCAGACCCUCAAUCGUUCUGUCUCAUCCAACAAAGACCUGGCUAACAACAACCUGCCACACCUCCUUAGUCCCAAAGAAGCCAAAGGCAAGACAGAGUUUGAUUUCAGCAUGGGACCCUCCCAAAAGCUGCCGGACCACGGGGCGAAGUACGGCCACAGCAAACCCAGCUCCACUCGCUCUCAGCAGCAGCAGCAACUGCAGCAGCAGCAGCAACUGCAGCAGCAGCAGCAACUGCAGCAGCAGCAACAACAGCAGCAGCAGCAGCAACUGCAGCAGCAGCAACAACAGCAGCAGCAGCAGCAGCAACAGCUGCAGCUGCAGCAGCAGCAACAGCAACUGCAACAGCAGCAGCAGCAACUGCAGCAGCAGCAGCAACUGCAGCAGCAGCAGCAGCAACUGCAGCAGCAGCAGCAGACCGGCCGGCACACCUUCCUGGAAGGCAAGAACAACACACUGCAGUCUGGAGCAGAGAAGCAACAUGGCCGACACGCCCACAGUAUGGCAGACUCUUCUCACGGCUCCAUGUCCUCCUCUUCGAAGAGUUCAGCGUCUUAUCUCAGCCUAUCCAAGAGCCACAGUGCGCUAAGUGAUGCCAAAUCUGUAGGGAACCUCAGCGACGGUCGACUCCACCCAGAUGACCCAAACUCCAACACGACAGUAGGGGUGGGACCCGGGGCCCGCUUCUUCCCUGCCAGCUGUCUAGACCUGAAUGCCCCUUCAGUUCCCCAGGGGCCUCCUGGCAGCCCUUCUGCUCGGCACAGUGAUCGAUCCGGGCACAGCCCCGCCUCUCGUAGCAGCGGCAAUGUCCGCAUGGAGAGCAGCACACUGGACUCCUCAUCCAGACACAAAUCCAGACAUAAACCUUUAGCACCAGAGGAGGCCGGUGCUCCGGAGCUCUUAGACCCGGGAGGAGCAGGGAUACCCUCCACUCACACUCUGCCUUCCCCACAUGAGUCUUAUCAUUACGGCCUGGGCUACACCUCGCCCUUCUCUUCUCAGCAACGGCCUCAACGCCACUCUAUGUACGUGAGGAGGGAGCGGCACCGACCACACGGGAACGAGGGUGGGUUGGCGGUCUUGCCAUCGCCGGGGCAGGCCAUACCGACACGUGCCAGUAGCCUGCAGCUCCUCUCCCCCCAACUGCAGCACCGGACCACCCUCACCGGACACUCAGUGAGCUCUUCGAGAGAGGACUGCACUGAUGACAUGACGAGGAGUGAGCAGUCCCCUAAAGACAUGAGCCACCCUUGUGCACCCAUCAAAGACUCUACGCGGGACAACACUGCUGCUUUUCAUACACAGCGCUCUAAAAACGAGGUCGGCAUGUAUCACGACCCUCAUGUUGAGGAGGGAGGUUCCUCCAAGGAGAACCGGAUGAUCUUCACUGAGUCCAUGCCUCGGAGAGUAGGCAGCUUCUACCGAGUUCCUUCCCCCAGACCAGACAACUCCUCCUCUUUCCAUGACGGUAUCGGUCAGGGUCGAGGGCCGGUUGUACCCGUUAUACCCGGAGACCCUGUUGUCAUGGUCAACCACUCCAAGCGGCAGACUGCUUUUGACUGGACCGCCGCAGAAGCAAUGGUCAUGAAUCCUCCAGAGCCCGCCAAAGAGAAGGAAAAACAAGGCUUCUUCAGAGCCAUGAAAAAGAAAAAGAAGAAGACACAAAUAACGGACAUGGAGGACGGGAGGAACCCCAGCAUCAAGAAAAGCCUUUUCCCCCUCUUUAGCUCUAAGAAUAGCUUAAAGCACAACUCAGCUGUCAAAGUCCUCCCUGUAGUCGCCUCGCCUAUGGUACAACACCAGCCUACCGUGCCCUACCCUGCCUCACCAGUUCCUGGUAACGGACAAGAACACCUGUCGCUGCAGAGAAGCUCUAAGUCGUCCUCUCACCACGGCAGUCGACGGAAAAACCGCGAGAGAUCCAGAGACCGGGAGCGGGAACAGAGCCGAGACCGAGACCGGGACAGAGAGAGAGAGAGAGAACGGGAGAGAGAAAGAGAGAGAGAAAGGGAGAGAGAGAGAGAAAGAGGGAGGGAGAGAGAGAGAGUGAAUGACUGGCCACCAGACAAACCAGUAGACUCACACUCUCAGAGUCAACCACUCAAGUCACUCCGCAGGCUCCUUCACCUCUCCCCUUCUUCCUCAAAUCAAGGACAGCCUCCUCCCCCUCCUCCAGACCUUCGCUUCCAAGCCCCCAUCCCCAACCCCCCUCAGCCCUCCUCCAAAGCAGGCUACCCUGAAGGUCGAGGGCACGGCGAGAGCAGGGGGCACUCCGGGGUGAGCAGCACCGCCCAGGCUAAGAGCCGCAAGGCCAGCUACCCCCUCCCCGGACAGAUCGAGUCCAGCUGGCACGUGUCUGCUUUACAGCGGGCGGAGGGCGCUCAGUUCACCCCCGAACAGCUGGGCAUCAAACCGGGGCAGAACGGACCCACCUUUACCCGAGCCUCCCGCACCAGGAUGCCAAACCUCAACGACCUGAAGGAAACUGCGCUGUAAACACCCCCACCUCCAGUAUGGCUCUACCCCUAGAAGCGCCUGCCAGAUGCAGACAUCAUGAUACUGUAGUAAAAGUUUACAUGAAAGCCUAUUUCACUGGAUCGAGUCCUCAUUCAGAAACGUAGUUACUUGUUGAUGCUCAUAUCUCUGAAAUCUACAAAGACCAGACGUUGAAACACAAACACCAGUAACAGUGUUGUUUAGGGAAUCAAAGACAGGAAAGGGCUCACUCCCUCUUGGGAUGCCAGUACUGUAUCAGUUGUAUGUUAUUCUCUCUCUACUUAACAAAGUGGGAGCAUCAGAAUAAGCUGAUCUUUCCUGUCAAGAAGACACUGCCCACGUGGCCUCUUUGCUGCCAUCUUCUGCUCACAGGAUUCUACAGCAAAGCAACACAUCAGACAGCCGCUGUCACACCGGUGGCCAAUAAAGUCAAAUGUUUUUCAAGCUCUGAUAUUUGAUAAGAACAAAAAAAAAAAGAUUUAUAUCAACAUUAUUUAUUAAAUAUUUAUUUGUUUUCAAUUCAAGGAUAUAAGCUAUAAAUGACACAGUAUGUAGGCUAUAUGGGAAUAUUAUAAGGUAAUAUAGAAUUAAAUGUGUACUUGCAAAAGCUUUAGUUUCAACACAAAGAAAAUCAUAGAUAUUUAUGUGUUGAUAAUACAAUAUGUCAAAAUAAAUAUUUAAUAAUG